AUGCCAGACGAAGACAUAGUAGAAUCGAAGGCCAAUCCUCAAACUCUACCCUCCACCAAGAAACCUACUGAGGAGACACUCCAGGCACCCCAUGAACCUUCAGCAUUGCAGUUACCAGAUGUGGCACAGCCAGAUCUACGCCCAGCUUCGCCAGGUGUCCCUCCCCUGUUUCUACUAGAAGUGGCAGGAUGGGUAAAGUUAAAUGUGGACCAGAGUAAAAUAGUGGACUUUGCGUUUAAAGGUCACAAUUUAUUGAUUACUGGCCAGGCUGGCGUUGGUAAAAGCGAGGUCGUAAAAGCAUUCAUUGGAAAGGCAAAACGUGCGGGAGAGAUCGUUCGAGACCGAGUCAAAGACCUCGACAUAAUUGUGUGUGACGAGGCCAGUAUGUCAUCCCAGAGAAUAUUCGAACUUGUCAACUUUCUCCACCACGAACUGGCGAACGGUGAUUGUAAAAACUUUCCAUUUACAGGGAAACAAAUGUUACUGAUAGGAGAAUUCUUGCAGCUGCAACCUGUGCCGAAUAUAUUUGACGAAGGCCGCUUCAUGUUUUAUUCUCCUCUAUUCGAUUUUGCCAUUUCACAUCGGUUCAGGUUAACAAAAGUCAUUCGGCAGCAAAACCCACAAUUCUUGGCGGCUCUGGCGGAGAUAAGAGAGGGGGCAUGUUCCAUCGCCACCAAACAGUAUCUAGCGUCUUUGCAAAGGCAAUUACCCUGGGAACUUCAGCGUACAGCCACCCAAAUUUACUUCAAGAAAGUUCCAGUUCAGCUUGCAAACAGACGGCAGCUCGAUGCAAUACCUGGAGAGUUGUUUAUUUUUCAUGCCGACUAUGAAAACGACAAAUCAAGGAGUAUGAGCUGGCCCGGAGCACCUGUUUUACAACUUAAACCUGGUUGUAAGGUGAUGCUAGUUUGGAACAAGUCAGAUUAUUUAAGGAAUGGAACCCUUGGCACAUUCACCGGCGUUAGCGGCAAUGGAAAGCUGUUGUUGAACUUUGGAGAGGGACUCGUUGAAUUAGGGCGGGAAACGUGGAUCAAGCAGGACAGAAAUGGUCAAAUGGUUGGAAGUGUAUCACAGUUUCUGGUUGUCCUUGCUUAUGCUGUCACCUGCCACAAGUCACAGGGAUUAACUCUGUCAUCUGCAGUUGUGUUCUGCUCUCGAGAGUACGUUCCAGGCCUAAUUUAUGUUGCAAUUUCUAGGGUGAAAUCUCCUGAACACAUACGCAUUGUAAAUUUUAAUCGUCUUCAGCUUUUGAAGCCAGUAAAAAAGGCACUUGAAAUCUGCUCUUCAGCACAUCUUUGCUCUCCAGCUAUGGAUCUUUCCUGCUGUCGUAACAAGCCCUUCCAACAAGAUGAUUUGCUAAGUGUAAGAGACCGCUACCAGGAAAUUGAUCAGGAAAACGAGGAGCCUUUUCAGUUUCCUUGUGACAUGCUGGAUGGGCCAGUAAAAGCUUGUUUUGAAGAUGAUGUUGCCACCCCAGUGGAGUUUGGAGCACUGGAGUAG